UGGAAAAGUUUCGCCUCACAAAAAUCGACUCGUGAAAAGUCGGCAUUGCGCAUUAUACGACGAUUUUUCCAAAGAUAAUAUUUUUUUUUUGUUGUGAGCUUGUGAAAAAAAAAAGAGUUCCUGAGGAAUAAAAUAUCACGCAGUUAUACCAGAAAAAGAAAAUAACAUAAACAGAUAAAAUGCAAACAGCCCAUUAUAGCUACUAAAAUUAUCCAUACACCCAAGCAAACAUGGCACCUCUAUGACAACAACCGCUGUAAUGAAAUUUGACAUUUCUCAUUUUUUUUUUUUGUUUGACGUUGAUGCUUGAAAAAAUUUAAAAAAUUCUGUUUACUGUUUGCUGUAUGCUGUGAAAAAAUAAAAAUUAAAAAAAAAAAUGGAAACAUAUCGAAUGAUAAAUAAAGAAUUAUCCAUAAAUAAUCAAGAACUUCGGAAUGUUGUAAAUAAACUCAAACAUGAAAUAACUUAUCUCAAUCGUCAGCUAUUUGAACAGCGCGAAGAAUUCACCCGCCUCAAAGCGUCUAUUGCCAAAACCAUCGAACAAAAAUACACAGAAACCAUGGCUUUAAUUUUUCCCGAAAAACUUGCCGAUCAAAAAGAAAAAGCAACCACCAGCAAAUUGGAUAUUAAAUCACAUCGUCGUUCGUGUUCGAAUGUAACUGCAGCCGAUCCAAUUAAAAAUAAAUCACAUUCGCCGCCAGCAGCAGCUGCAUCUUCGUCUGGCAGUGAAAUUAUGGAAGAAUCAUCUUCGUCAUUUAAAAUACCUCUUCCCAGAAUAGUUAUUGAUAAAAGUGCACGUCUUAGCAAGUCACCGGUGAAAUGUUCACAAAGUGUUAAUGCAAAUCAAAGAAAAAGUUCAGAUUUACAAAUAACGAAGAUGGAUGUUCAAAAUCUCAAUGACUCAGAGAACUCUUCAUUAGAACAAACUUUAAUAACAACAAACACAAGUCUCGUUACAAUAAAUGAGGAAAAAAGUUGUACAGCCGAUCCACAAAACGAAACUUUAAGUGAUGCAACAAUAAAUUGUUUACUAGAUGCUCCAUGCAGCACUCCAUAUCAUCCGAAUAAAAUCCUCAAUGACACAUCAUUUAAACCGAAAAAAGUCCGAGUUUUAAUGAAAAAAAUGUCUGUGGAACAACUCGCCAAUUUGACUUGCCAAUCAAUUGCUCACAUGAGUUACUCGCAACAGCCAAGUUCAAUAACCUUACAACAAUCAUCUUUUAAAACAAAGAGCGCCCAAAUAGAAGAAUGCCAUACACAGAAGAAAACUUUACAAAUCAAUAAUUAUUCAUCUCAUCUCACCGCCAACAGAACAACAAUUAAUUCAUCAUUUAAAGCAGAUCAUACUGCGUGUCCUUCAAGUAUAGAAUCGUUUGAUGAGUGGAGACCUUCGCCAAAAAAAUUAGGAAAAUCUAAAGUUAAAAAAAUUUCUUCAAAGGAUAAAAGACGGAAGUCCAUCAGAGCACAACGGAACAAGGAGAAUUGCGACACGGAUUCAGAUUUUACAACAUGUUCCGACGAAGAGACGAACAUUGGAGGAGGGAGAAGGUUAAGAAACAAGCAGAUUUCUUUAAAAGAACCCAGUCUUAGAGCAAAACUACGAAAUACAACAAAUAUCAAAUUGAAAUAAAAUAAUAAUUUAUAACAGAUGUUUGUUUGGUUUAUAAAUAAUUUCAUAAAUUAUAAAGCAUUUAGUUUGUUAUUGUAGCCAACUGCUGACUUAAAUUAAUUUUAAAUCUUCUUACAACAAAAUGAAGAAGAAUAUAUAUUACAAAUUAAAAUGACUGGGAAAUUUCGUUGUUUAAUUUAUUUUGUUAAUAUGAAUGUAUUCUUUUAGGUUUUAAUAAAAAAAUA